GCCAUUUUGGCGGCGAUUUGUUACAUUUUCGAUUUACAUAUCAAGGGAUAUAGUGAACAAGAUAGGUGACGCCACUGGUGGAGCGCGUUAAGUCCCUGUGAUUAAAAUGACUGUUGGACACAUUUUUCGCGGUUAGACAGAGGCGCCUCUAUCGGGAAAAUUUGACAUCGAAGCACUCCAACUGGAUGUGUACAUGGAGGAUGUAAUAAAUCGCAUAAGGAAAAACAAGAAAAAGCAUGUUUUCAUUUAAAAACGCCAGAACUAUGCAUUUAAGUGCCAUUUGAUGUCUCUUGCUCUGGUUAAGAAUGUCAAAAUGGCUUCUAAGAAAAUAAAAAAGUAUACAGAUGGUAUUGAUAUUGAUGAUACAUUGAGCACUGAAGGUGCUCAAAGUGAACUGAGUCUUGCGGACGAUGGCGAUCUGUCAGUUUCUUAUGGAACGCUGUCAAUUUCUACUUCAACCAGUUUAGAACAAACAGAUGAGGAAUCAGUGUUGCGGAGAGAUUCGGAGAUAUCAGUUGGGUGUGGUCCACAUUCCAAGUCCUUGUCAGUUUGUAGCACAACGUCUGACAUACAGAAUCAUGAUCGGAAUCCUUCGAGAGUUCACUUUGAGAUAGCAGACGCUGGCACAGUUUCUGAGGGACGGUCAAAAUAUGUUAGCUACACCAUUUUAGUCAUUCGAAGCCAUGAACUCGACAAAGCUCAAGCAGUCAUCGAACGUCGUUACUCCGAUUUUGAAAAAUUGAACAGUGCUUUGAAAAGAGGCUUUCCACAGUUGAUGGAGACAAUAGCUUUCCCGCCGAAAAUCCUCUCUGGGAAUUUUAAGAGGGAAACCAUUGCUCGGAGAAGUCGUGCUUUUGAACAGUACCUCACCCAUGUUCACAGCUUGGAUGAAAUCCGCCGAAGUAAAGAAUUUGCCAAUUUUUUCUAUAACGUCAACCUCCAAGAAGCCUAUGCACAUGUCAGGAAUGCACGGUAUAAGGAAGCAAUUCCACUUUUACACAAUGCUGUGAAUAUUCAGGAUAAAUUACUUGGAGAGAAUCAUAAGGAGGUUAUUGCCACACUCUGUGGGCUAGUGGCAUGUUAUAGUGCCCUAGAACAAAACAGCGAGGCACAGGAAUGUGCAGAAACAGCAUUGAAGUGUAUCGGACGGUCUGAAAAGAACAGAUACUUGAUUCCUCUUCUGCAGAUUAGCAUCCGGUUGUGUUGGACACAGGGCAAGGAUAAAACAGACUUGGAAGCACGAUUAGCUGAUUUACGAAACAGGAAUUUUUCAGUUGAUCUUGCACCAACAUUGUUGGAGUUGGCAGUGAGAAGAUUCUAUGCUUCAUAAGAACAGUGUUUUCUUUCCCUUGUCCUGAUGUGUUUGCUGUGUGUGGUAGUCAUAGGCUAUAAUAUUUUUUGCCGCUGCCAAAUGGUAAUGGGACCAAAUGAUCUGUCGUUUCAAUAACGUGCUUGACACAGUAUGUGACUUCCUCACUCAACCUUUUAACAAAGGCUGAAAUGACCUUGAUUUACUUCACCACCAUUGCGGUUAUGCAAACUAUGGCUGGGACUGGGAUGCACUGGGGCAUUAUGACAGUCGACCUCAUAGGUGGGGCAAUUAAAAGUAGCUUGAAUUUUGUUGCAUUUAUUUUUCAGCUUGCAGGCUGUAUUUUUGCAAAACAUAUUGCAUAUGAUGCUCUCGUCCAAGGCCCGCUUGUUUAGAGCAGUUUUGUCACUACAGUAACUUAGCUGAGGGAGAUGAAACCAAGUUUUGAAUAUCGAAGCGAGCAUUUAUGACAAAACUUGUUUUGUAGGACCUGGCCCUGAUAGCAGGGAUGUUGAAGAAGUUAAAAGUAGGUUCAGAAGCUCCCAUGGUUUAUUAGGAGAUUGGAACUAGUGUGUAUGUGUGAGUGAUAUUUCGAAAUUUCAACCAAAUAAUCUGAUAUAAAAUAUCUUAUAGUGCCAAGUGGUUUUGUUUGCCCACCAUGAGAAACUUGCGUCCAUUCUUUGAAAAAAUCAUCUUGGACUACUUGUAUGUCAGAGGGCAGCACUUGAGGGUUCCUGUUAUGGUUAUGGUUCCGUGAGAUUUUUUGACGUCACAUCUCUUUGGUGAAAUGUUGCAGUGUCAACUUAGGACAUUCAAUGAUGAAAAUCUAAUUGAUCCCCCAUUGAAUUAGUAAGUGGGGAAACACAUGGUGCUUGAUGCUAACUGUAAAAAAUCAAAGUCAAUUUCUGAAAGAUAAAUGGCUGUAUAAUUGCUUCAUUUGAUUAACUUUACAUUUCUUUUGAUGGUGCUAGAUACUGAAUGAGACUGCAGCUUGUUAUUCAAAGCUUUGCCAUUGACGAAAGACCCCUGUGUGAUAUACCCUGCAAUACAAAUGAGAUGAUUGUGUGGAGGACGGCCUUGACUCUGUUGAGCAAGGUUUUCACGACACUACGAAACAAUAAUUCGCCUGCACACUAAAUAACCACUGUAUAGGAGUUUAUGUUGUGUUCUUGGCUUGCAUAUCUGUGCGUUUAAUAUCUAAUACCGGCCUACGUCAAUUGUUUUCUUUGUUUGUUCUUGUGGCUCAGGUAAAUAAGAAUUAACAUGGUUGUAGUGCACAAUCGCGUCUUCAGGACUGAUGUUUUUCACUUUCGAUCUGGCAAAGUCUCAUGGUGGCAUUUAAUGUCAAGAUGGACUGGUGUUCCUAGUCAAAUUCCACAAGUGGCUAUAGUAAAAUUAUCACUUUUUGUUGUACUCCUUCAUUUCUUUUUCCAGAGCAUCAAACCAUGCACCAUCCUCAAAGUGUGGUCAAUGUAAUUUUAGAAUAAAUGAUAUUCAUAUGAA